AUUUUCUCAGGUUGCGCCAAGUUCGCGACUUACGUAACUGUCGCAUAUGUAACGGUUGGUGUCGGUUUAAAAAUCUUUACCUCAAUCAAUGAGUGAAUAUAUUCGAAGUCCUCUGAUAAGAUUAAUGUAUGAAAAGUUGGAUCAUCAAAAUAAACAUUCGAACUCAAAUCAUGACCAUUGGUAUGAUUAUCGCGCUGAAUAUGUAGAUUUUGAACUUCGGGAUAAGUUUAUUAAAUCAAAACAAGAUGAAGAAACUUGCGAAUUUUUAAACAAUUGCUAUGUCAAAUCUGACUGGUUAUUUACACACUUUUACCAUGCUAUUGCUAAAGCUGUUUUAACUUGGUUCAUGACUUCAACUUCUAUAAAUGGUUUAGUUGGUCGUGGUUCUAUGUUUGUUUUCUCAUCAGCACAAUUUCUUCGCUUACUUGAUGUUAAUGAUAGCUUCAAGUCGAAUUCUUUACUCGACUUAGGUGCCGGGAACGGCAAUGUGACAUUGAAAAUGGCUCCUUACUUUAAAGAUGUAUUCGUCACAGAAAUUUCUCCAGUUAUGCGUUGGCGUUUAAGUAAACAUGGCUUUACGUAAGUUGACUGAUUAUAUUUUAUCAUUUUUAGGUAAUGAUUUCAAAUGAUCUUUUACUGAACGAUUAUGAGAAUCUUUUGAACCAACAGUAUUCCACUUAAUUUUGGUUGUAACAUGAACUUUAUUCUAAUCAAAAUAAAUUUGAUACAUUAUGAAGAUUUACUUCAAUUUAUUUAAUCCCUUGUAUUGCUUUGUUUUGUUAACAGAAUAUUAGACGUUGAUUCUUGGGAAUUAAUGAGCGAAGAAUUGAAUACACCCAAAGUUCCAUCUCACUUUGAUGUUAUUAGUUGUUUAAAUUUGUUAGAUCGUUGUACAGCUCCAAUUACCUUAUUGAAACGAAUUAGUCAAGCUUUGAAACCUACGACGGGAAUUUUAAUUCUUGGAAUAGUUUUACCAUUGAAACAAUAUGUUGAAAGUGAGUUUAUAAUUUUGGUUGACAUUAAAUUCUUCUCUUAAUUUCAUAACAGAUUAAGCUGACCUAUUGUCCUACCUCAUUAUAAUGAGUUAUUUUCAUCAACAAUUUAUUUUGACGCUAACACUCACGUUUAACUUUAUAGCAAUCAGUCUCUAGUGCAUUGAUCUGGUCGACAUUCAAAAUAGAAGUGGCAUGUAUUUAUUAGAUAAAAACUGAAAUCUUUAGGGUCCUUCAAACGAUUCAGGUAAAAAAAAACUAUAGAAUGUUUGAAAUUUUCCAACCUUCGAAUUAUCUGACAUUAUUUCAAAACUCAUGUACACAGAUCCCAAAUUUUAGAAUUAAUAAGUAUUUUAGUGGAGUAUGUCGAAUUGUUCAGUAACAUAAAUAAGUUUAUUGCAAAUAGAACCCUGAUGGUGGCUACUAGGGAUUUCCAAAUUUAUGUCACUGGUGACUCGUAAAAUAUCGGUUUUGUUUAAUCAGUUUAAAACUCAGUCAAGAAGCACGUUCGACUCUGUUUUACGGCUAAAACAGAUAGAUAUAAGUAUAAAACCUUACAAAAUGAAUUUAGUUUGUGGUAUCACAAUUUACAGUAGUGUGCUAAACAAAAACCAACGAGAUGCAAAACUUUUGAAAUAAAAUUAAAAUAGAUAAUAUCUUAGUUUAUUUUCGCGAUCGGCCAACGGUAUUUUCUAAUUACAAAUGUUCGGAAUUUUCCUAAUACUAAUGGUAUCUAAUGCGAACUCGAUAGACCGGCGUCUGACCUCCAACACUUCGAAAAUUAUCAUCAACUCCAUGGAACGAAGAAAGGAUACAGGUACUUAUAAAAAGCUUGAUUUUCAAGAAAUUAAAUUUGAUAUAGAACGGCUCCGUAUAAAUUAUAACUAACCAUGAUCUUGAAACAGUAAUAUUAGCAAAUUAAAUGGAAAAAUAGCCGAUCAAAUGUCAGCAAAGAUCAUUGCGGAAUAUCAAUUAAAAAAAUAUUAUCACGGUUAUCCUUGCACAUAAAGCCAUCGUUUACUAAUAAAAAUAAUAUAACCUGAGACAAUCCCAGUAAACUUGUAAAUUAUUUAAUUUUUAAAAACGAUACUAUUGAUUGCAAUUAAUUCAAUCUGGUCUGUUUUAGACUGCAUCAUCUAGUCUAUCUAGCGACAAGUAUUUUCCAUUAUCCUGGAGAUUUCAUCCCAAAAAUCCAUGCAUCUCUCCGCAUCUUAAUCAGAGUGAUAGUAAAUACAUCAGCUUUUAUAAUGUCUUGGUUAAACUACACUUAAAUUUCUAAUACCUCAUCCUUCUUCAAUCAGUAUUACACGUCUUGAUGAACAAAAAGUUACCAUACUUAAUACUUGACCGGGGAAAUUCAAUCGGUGUAAGUUUAUGACCACAAUAACUGAACAAUUGUUCUUGUCUAGAGAGAUUGUGUUAUUCAGAAUUAUUCCUACUACAAGGAGUCUUCUGUGAUUUCCACUAAUCUGCGGGAAUCACUUUCAUUUCUCAUAGUCUGAUUCGACUGAAUUCGGAGUUGCUUAUCAUCGAAUCCCGUCUCAGUAAUCUCGUUUAGUCAGUCACAUGCAACGUAGAACCUGGCACAUGUGUACAUCGGUUCAGGUUUACAUUAUCCCAUUGAUGAAGAGGGAAGAAACAGUCAGGGUAAAUCUCAGAGUAGUAGAGCUAGGAACAAUAAUAAUGGUAAUAGAAAAAAAAAAAACAUCAAUGAUACAGUUCGCAAAGGAAAUAUAAAUUGGUGCAGCAUUCACGAAGUUAUGAGGAAUUUAAAAACUUAGAAUCUAAGUAAGGACAAAGAGUGAGUGCACCUAGGCCACUGGGAAAGAUUUCAAACCAUAUCGUUCAAAAUCCCUAACCAUUGAUUACGAUAAUCUAAAAUUAUUGUUUUCAUCCCUAGACCUGAAAACUCUGGUUUUGAUUCCGUUGAUUUAUUAAUGGCUGUAUGUAGAAAGGGAUAGGGAGAGAUGCAUUCCAAACAUGUUUGCAUCGUUUCCCAGUGUGAUUAGAGGACUUCAUUUUGUUAGUUUUCGCCAAACCAAACAAUGUCAUCUGCUUAUUUAGAGUCAACAAAUUAAUCCAUUUUAUUGAAAUCAUGAACCGAUCAAUGUUAGACCAACAUUCAAAACCUGGAAGCGCUGGAUGCUGACUCAGGGAUUUGGAGGUUAGGCGUUUUCGUGUCAGACCAAAGGUCCUGGGUUCGAAUCCUGCGUUCGGAAGGAGCUCCAUACUAGAACGAAACGGUCAUUCAGUGGUAGUCUAACAUUGGUUGGUUCAUGAUUUCAAUAAAAUCCAACAGUCUCCACAACCCCCAAACUGAAAAUUAAUCUAUUGGUAGAAGAUUGAUCUGUGAUAAGUUAAAAGAAAAGCAUUAUGUCUAAAAGAAUGUUUACGAUGAAGAUAGAUAGAAUUGUGGAAAUUGGCCAAGCCUAAUAUAUGUCACUUGAGGUUAACGGUUUCAAAGUCAGUUACCCAUAAUCUCUGAAUUGACUAGAAGUAUAUUUGUUAUAACUUGUUGUUUUGUACCCUUGGUUCUUUGUUUUUCACCCCGUCGCCAAUUGUUAUAACGCUCAGUUUUACUUCAUCUAAUGUUAUAACGGUUGGUUUACUGCGUUUACACGUAUGGGACGUAAAUUUACCUUAGAAGAAUAUCUACACUAGAUUCCCUCUCAGUGUAUAUUCUACGAGGCUUCAACAGAACUCAGAUCAAGAAUAUAUGAUUAACCUGACCACAACGUAAAUAUAUUUUCGCUCAAAAAACCCGACACAGUCCAAUAACAAUAAACAAUCAAUAAUAAUACUUAUAAGGAUAGGGGAAUAUAUAACCCAUCUGACACCUGUCAGACUAUCGACAUGUCUGACUAAGCAGACAACUAAUCAUUAUCACUCUCACCCACACAUCAAUAUUAUACACAAAAAUACUGAUUUAUCUUGUUCACUUAUUGAUGGUAAGGCUUAUUCCCUCUCAUUUAAUCAUUAUUUUGUAAAUAAUCUUCAGUUUUUUUUUAAAAAAUACUUUUUUCCUCAUUUAUAUUCAAUGUUUUUUUUCUUUAAACAAAAAAAAUAUGUAAAAUCACUUUUUUAAAGCGACUCAUGAUCAACGUCCUAUUGAAGUACUUGAAAUAAUUGAUAGUGAAUUAUGGGAAAUACAAUUAUCUAGUUUAAUUAAUAAUAUUCUUAUACCAGCUAAUUAUCAUGUUUUACGUUGGACACGUUUACCAUAUUUAUGUGAAGGUGAUUUUUCUAAAUCAUUCUAUUAUUUAAAUGAAAUUAUACUUGUUUUACAAUAUUCAAUAUCUAAUAAUUUAAAUAAAUAAAAGGGUUGAUGGUUUCAUAAUUUUUUUAUUAUUAUAUUAAAUUGAAACUUUUCUAGUUUGGUUGUGUAUUACGUGUGGUUUAUUUAUUGAUUAGUUGAUUGAUUGAUUUUUCAACCGAUUCUUUUAUUGAUACUUUUAUCAAUCUACUGAUUAUUUGUUAAUUUUUAUUGUUAAUGAAAAUUUCAAAUGUACAUGAUUACCAUCAUUAUUAUUAUUGGUGUUUUGCAAGUACUUCCAUUAUUUAUUUUGAAAUAAAUACUUCUAAUUUCAAUACAAUCAAGGAGUUUAUUGUCUUUUUAAUUACUAUUCGUUUCUUUUGAAUUAUUGAAUAGUAACUACUGUUACUAAUUAUUAUUACUAUUGGAUUAUCUGAUCACAUGAAUUAUAAAGUAGCCUCUAAAUGCCCUGGUACAACUGAGAAUACGUAUACAGCCACUGUCAGGGAAGUCUUACUGCCUUCGACUGACAAGGGUGUUGUUCACCGUAUUGAGAGAACGAAAACCGAAUGUCCAAUGCUUUAACCGAGUUGAUGGAUACAGAGGAUCCAUUUGGAGGAUGUUGGAAUACCCUGAUUUCAAACCAAUGGUGUAUAUGGGCUCCAGUAUUCUGAAGGAUCGAAUGGCCUAUGAACCUCUUGAUGGUCACUGGUUACUAUGAGACUGCAUCUUGUGAUGUUGCUCCACUACCUUGUGGGUCGGACCUUUAGGUCGAAGGCUCCAGAUGUGGCUCCCUAAGAAAAUCACCCGCUUCGGUUUGGGCACCCGGGCAGUAUCACAGCCCACACACAAAUCAAGUGACUUGUGUUACGCAUAUGUAUUUGGUGCCUCCUUGUACCAAUGUUUAGGUGUUUGAAUAAUUAUGAAGUACAAUGAAUUUAUAUGCUAUUAGUACUAUCAAGAGUUAAUUUUCAACCAUAUAAUUGAUGAAAUGGUUGAUUUAAACGUUUACCCGAUAGUGAUUGGUUUACUUAAAGUGAUUAUUUUAGGUUGUAUUGAAGCUGUUGGGGUAGGAUAUUGUCAAUGUCUAAUUUAUAAUUCGUGUUACCACUUCAUUUGAAUAAUACUACUUGUUAGUUUAUCAGAUCAAUGAACAUCAGCUACUUGUCCGUUUUAACUAUUAUAAUUUUGGGUUCCUUAAAAAUCUUUAUAAGCAGUUAUAUCUUUGUUCUCUCAUAUUCUGCUGCUUAGUAAGAAACGAGAUAAUAGUCGUGUUUUUCAAAAUAACUUGUUACUGAAACAUGAAGUGAUUUCACUACAUAAGAUACUAAUUAUUUGUGUUGAUGACAAGGCACACUGUCGUGGUUGCUUGUGGAAUAUACUUCCGUCUUACCAAGUUGGACUUCUCUCUCUAGUUAGCUGGGCUGGGACGCGUCGGAAUAUCUAGCUUACCAGUCAUUGUGUCACUGAGUCUUCGUUCCAUUCUCAGAUGAGGUGAACUCGUAAUCUCUUCAAACCUAGCACACACAACCGAUUGAUAUUAUGCGUCGUUUGACAAAGGUAUGUUUUUAUUCGUAACAGAAUUUUACUACAAUCAAUUGCUAUUAAGUACAACAUAAUUAUUUAACUGGCGCUACGGUUUCUGUAUUGAUACUUAAUCUGUUCAUGUAUGCUAACAAUACCCCUACCAAUUAUCGCUAAUAGCUAUGAUUUCAUUAAUAAUGGAAUAGCAUUCAAUGAGAAUAAGACAACGAUACUUAAUGUGUGCUACAUCUAACGAAUUGAUCAAACCUCAGUAGAUAAGCUUCACGCUGUUGUCUACUCAAAUACGAAAUUUCGUUGUAAGUAAUGCACAUUUUAUUAUUGAUUAGGAUAAAUAACAUAGAACUCAUAAGUUUGGAUAAGUUCAUAUUACUAUAUCAGCUUCGUAAAUUGACAGCAUAGAGAAGAAGAAUUAAAACAAGAUAAUGGCAUUUAAAGUUAUGUGAAGCUAAUAGAAAUUAAAAUAUUAAGAGAUGAGUGGAACCAAGGAAUAAUGUGUCCUAUUCGCUUAAAGUGUAUAUUCUUCAUUAUUACUAAAAUUAGUCGUCAUAUUCUUCUAUUAUGAAGUAAAUUGUACCCAAAAACCUUGUGGAGUACUAACCAGACAACCAGUGUGAUAGAAAAGCUAGCAAAACAAUGUGCUACAGAUAUGAAAUUAGAGUAAAACAGUGUUCGUAUGGGCUUAUAUUGUAGAAUAGUGAAGAAGUUUUAUGGCUUAUUGUACAAUAUACAACUUAUGAAAUGUAAUAAUCAGACACGUGAAACUUUCCUCAUUCAUGCCGAUUGUCCCAUAACCAAAGAUCUGCUGAACAUUUUAGCGCCAAAAUGCAGUCUCGAAUUUCUCACAAAAUCUGAAAUGAAGUUUACACUGCCUUGUUAUGAUUCAUUUAAUUAUUAUCCUAUACAUGAUUUUAUGUACUAGUGUCGUUGUAUAUUAAUAUGAUUCAUAUCCACAAGGUUGACUUUGCAUUUUUGAAAUUCACUGAACGAGACUGCAAUAACUAAUUUUUUGGACUCGUAUACCCUGAUAUCCUCAAUAUCACUUUAUCUCCUAGCUUCGGCUACUCCCAAAAACAAUCAUAAAAAGAAGAUUCAUUGAUAAAGUUUAGAAAAAAUUGUUUCAAGCAAAUAGCACAUCAGAAUACGUAUGCAAAGUAUUUGGAAAUAGGGUGAACAUUUAGCACACUGAAAGUCAUCGACCAUUGGGAAAAUGGUUUUAAUAGUGUAAAAACAGACAUGGCAUGAAGAAAUUGAAGGUCAGAUUUCAAAUUGAAAAACCAGGAAAUGAACACGUUUCUGAGUACUAAACAUUUUGAAACGAGCUGAUGGGCAAAUCACCCUACAAUCUACUAAUUAUGUAAAUGAAUCCUAACCAUAUUCAUCAAAUUGGUUUCUUAUUUAAGUCUCAUUUGAACUAUUGUUUUCUCUUUUGUUCAUCGUGCUACUAACUAUUAUUAGGUAGUAUGAGUAACCGCUUGCGAAAUAGUGUCGCCACUCUGAUUUCUGUUUUAUUCAACUAGUUCAAAAUUUACUGACUGUUUAUAUGCAACUCUUUGUUUGUUCACGAUCCUAAUCAAGUAUUUGUAUUAUUUGGUUGAUACGUCUGGUCUCGAGAUAGUCCAGAUUACGAUUUUGUUAACUGCUAAUUAAUACACUAGAGCAGGUUGUAUAUAUAUAUAUUUGGUACAAUAUAGAAUUCUCAGCGCAAAUUUUUUCAAAAAAUCUCUUUUCUUUCAUUUUUAUGUAUAUUGCCAGCAACCACAAUGUCUCUGAUUGUGGUCUUCCCUAACUUGUACAGCGAAAGGUCGUGAGCUUUUCACAAACUCACCUGAAUAGGUUGUACAAAAAUAAUUGACGUAAUGACCUAUUCAAACAAACAAAAGACAGAUAACUUGUUGAAAUAUCUAGAUGGCAGGAACAGGUAACCCAGAUAUUUAAGCAGGCCACCGUUAUGCAGCAAAACUACUUAAAGUGUUUUUUUGUUUAAUUAUAUUUUUGAUAACAUAACUUAUGUUUCCGUAACAACACUGCUUCUAAACAAACUUCUUUUUAAGUUUCAAAGUUUUAGAGCGUAAGUCAAUCUCUAUGUUAGUCUACUGACACACCAACGAUAGUAUUUAUUUUGUGUUAGUAGUUUACUUAUGAGCAAUUCAUUUACGACUAGCAAAUCAGUAAUUAGUUAUUUCAAUUCAAAUAUACAUCGUAGCGAAUCUUAAUUACUUAUCACUCAGUGAAAAAUAAUCAGAAAAUCAUCCUGAUGGAUUCGAAACACGAUGAGGCAAACUAAAUGUACACUGAUAAGGGCGUACGCAAAAUCAUGAGCAUUGAUAAACAAGGAAAGCAAAAACGGUGGCAUACAACAAAAUGGUAGAUAAUUCUAGGCAGUUAUUCAGACUCAUCAAAGAUACAGUUAUUCAAAGUAAGCUGUUAGUAAGACUGUUUAGAUGCGGAACGGAACUUUGAUUGACAUUAUCAUCAGAACUGGCAGAUAUACCAAGUAAAUUUUGGGAACUGGAAAAAAUCUUAACUGUUCAGCCUCGACUACUGGUCAUCUCUGUCUCUGAAGAAAGGAAAGAAACCCUCGUUAUAAACACAUUGUAGUAAGUUUGAGCAAUACAUCCAUGUAGUCAAGUUUUUAAAGUAUUGUAUCUUCCAUUCAGUGUUAACCAUAAUUUGAUAAUAGUUAAAUUUUAAGAAGAGUAACAUAUGAAAUUUGAAUUAGGAAAACUUGAGAAAAACUAUUGAUUCCAGUAAUAUAUUCUGUACUUACUAGGAAUAGAGUCUAAUAACACAGGUUACACUUUUUCUGUGCCUCGCCUAACUGCUUUUAUUUGUAUCUCGGUGUUGAUAUUCUGACUGCGAUACUAAACCAUUGCCUAUCGUUUCAAAUACCUGGAUGUUAUUCACUUGGUUUUUUAGUAACGAGUCACUAAUUUAUUUAAUAAACAUAACAAUCUCAGCGAGAAUAUCAACAGUAAAAUACUUGCACUGAAAUUUAGCUGAGAAAUUUCAUAGGUUGAAAUGUGAGCCCUGGAUUCUGUUAAUGAUCAUUAUUAAAAAUGAUCGAUUUGUCCUAUUAUUAACAUGUAUGUUUAUGCAGGAUUCCAACAUCUGUAAACCAAAGUGACUUAUCAUCUCUGUCCUAAAUAUCAGAAAAUAAGAAGUACAAAUCUUUAUAGUCGAUAGCCAUUUCAUGUUUAUAAAUAAUUUGCACUGUAACUCAUUGCCGUAAUUUAUGUGUUUAUUAGUGAUGAUACUACAUGGCUAUUCAAUAUUCAGACUUACCAAUUUAUUUUAGAGUUUAAUAACUUCAUUUAUCUCCAAAUUUAUGUUGACAUUGUGUUAUGAUUCAUUUUUGAAUCGAGUUAUACCAUGAAUGUUACAUUCUCAGGCUAAGAAGUUAAACAAGACAUUUAUACACAUUCACCAGUGUAAAAUUGAACUUAAGUUUUGCAAAAAAUUCUUAAUUCAAAUUAGACAUCACUAAACUAUCGAUCAAUAGAUUUUAAUAUUUAUUAUUGAUUCAGUGUACUUUACAUAGAUUUGUUGUUCAGUCUAACCAACAAGAUUUGAUUGUAUACAUACACAACACAAAUUCACCAAAAUCUUGAGAAGUAUAAAAAGUGAGGGAAAAUAAUCAAGGUGACUAUUUUAACGAAUCGAAUCACUUUGUGAGUUAUUCAAUCAAUCAUCUGAAUAUAUAAGUGAUAUGAUUGAAUGGUAAGGAUUAUAUGCGAACAAAUAUAUCUAGAAGGAAAGAACUAGUCAAAAAGUGGUUAUUUUUCAAUGAAAUCAAACAUGCAAACGUUAAAUAAAUAAAGUAUGCAUAAAUAAUACUUAGUGUAAACGUAAUUAAUCAUAGGAUAUGUAUCCUAUUUUUGAUCAUUCAUCAGCCUUCAAUAAUUAUCAAGCUUGAAUUCUUGCUGAACAUAAUGGUAACUUUUCAGAAUAUAGGGUUAUCAUAUUUAUUGUGAAACGUGUAAUUUGAAGAAUGAAAGUUAUCACAACACCACUUGAGUAGUGAGGAUUUGUAAUUUCCCGUUAUUGAUACUAAAGAUUGUAAUUGAUAUUAUGUGUAUUCGGGGAGGAUUGUUUCUAUAUAGCGUUGCAUUAAAAGUGUAUCACAUAGCAGGUCAGUAAUAAACACUUUGGUCUCUUGAAGCCAAAGUUACUGGGUUCGAAUUUCGAUGUGUGCUCUGGUACGGUCGAGGGUAGGAAGAGUCAACUCUCACAUGACCACGCGUAUACAACCACUGUCAGGGAAGUCUUACUCACUGCCUUCGACUGACAAGGGUGUUGUUCACCGUAUUGAGAGAACGAAAACCGAAUGUCCAAUGCUUUAACCGAGUUGAUGGAUACAGAGGAUCCAUUUGGAGGAUGUUGGAAUACCCUGAUUUCAAACCAAUGGUGUAUAUGGGCUCCAGUAUUCUGAAGGAUCGAAUGGCCUAUGAACCUCUUGAUGGUCACCGGUUACUAUGAGACUGCAUCUUGUGAUGUUGCUCCACUGCCUUGUGGGUCGGACCUUUAGGUCGAAGGCUCCAGAUGUGGCUCCCUAAGAAAAUCACUCGCUUCGGGCACCCGGGCAGUAUCACAGCCCACACACAAAUCAAGUGACUUGUGUGACGCAUAUGUAUUCGGUGCCCCUUUGUACUAAUAUUUAUAGGUUCAAAUAAAUAAGUAAACAUCAACAUCGCGAUGUAGAUACACCUAGCUGACGAGCUUUAAUUGAGACAAAUCGUGCGUUUUAGAUCCAACACUACUUGGUAUUUUAGACUGUCACACGUAACUAGAUAAAAUCUCUGUUAAUUAUCCUGUUAACGACCAUGUAAAGUACGCUAAGUCACCCAUUAUUUGAUAUCUUUCCAUGUAGUCUACUUUUUGUAUGGCAAACUGAUAGUGUGUUCCUUUAAAUUUGACUCCAUAAAACAACCAGUCAUAACUAUGCUUCCAUGACUGAUAAUCAUGAUCUAUUGUGAAUGAAAUGUUCUUUCAUAAUUUGAUAAAACUUUACACCGAAUCAUUUUCAAACAUAUAUUGUCUCAUUAAAUAUUCUACUCUCUAGACUAUUUUCAUAAUGAAUCAAUAAUAAUGUAGUCUUUGAUCUGAAAGCAGUGGUGAAUAGCCAUUUUUUGGUUUAGUCUUCAUACUUCUCAGUAAUAUGAACUCGUAUAAAAUGAAAGUUACAUAUAUAUUCCUAAAUAAUUGACAUACUCUCUGUAAUUAUUUCUAGAAUAAAACUUAUUUAUUAAUCAUUAGAAACAGAACAUAAAAAAACAUAUCUGAUAGCUCGUUAUUGCAUCACGUAGCUAAAUUAUAACAUUCCACCAUUCCAAUUUAUAAGGUAAAAUCAUCAAUUCGUCUGUGUGAUACCAGAUCAUACAAAACACCUUUUGAGAUUAAUCUAAUAAUAUGGCAUUAGGCAAACAGGUUUGAAUAUAGAACCACUGAUUGAUUGACUAAUUCAUUAUGUGCGUACAAACAGAUUAAAUCUACCAUUUACACUAAAAAUAUUCAACUAAAACUGUAUGACCACUGAGUAAUUACGUCAGUUAUCAAGUGAAUGUUUCAUAACAAAUAAUAACCGAUAUCAGUCUUCUAAAUCAACUUUCUCAAGUUCAUACAAUAACAUCAAUCCAAUCAAGAAAGUGUUUACGUAUAGUUUGUAUUUGUGUCAAUUUAUUUAGUAUCAUCUACAUAUUGCAAACAAUCUAUUUACAUGAUCUUGUUCUAAUCUUUUGUUUUAAUUAGUUAUGCAAUAGUUUAGUUAUUGUAUAUACUAAAUCACUAUACUACUGACUAUAUCUAUAUGUUAUUCACAAAAUAUUUGUACUAUUGAACAAAAUAAACACAGAAUCAUCGACUCAUUUUAAUCAGGUUAAAUGUAUUUUACUUGUAAACUUUUGAUAUUAUUAACUAAAUG